AUGGCUGAAUACCAGGCGCCCACCCAGAUAGUGACAGUCUCCAGCACUAAUCAAAGCCCUGGGACUUGGAGCACUGGCCUCUGUGAUUGCUGUGCUGAUAUGGGCACUUGUUGCUGUGCCCUUUGGUGUUUCCCUUGCAUGCAGUGUGAUACAGCCAACAAGCACGGGUGGUGUUGCUGCCUCCCACUCUGUGAUGUAUGCUGCGUGGUGUCCUGCACGCUUCGCCAGUCGAUCAGAGAGCGCCACGGCAUCCCUGGUUCGUGCUGGGAUGACUGGUGUAAAAUAAUUUGGUGUUACGAGUGUGUCUGGUGCCAGAUGCAUCGUGAGGUGAAGAUCAGGGCCAACAUGCAGCCGGCCACCUCAACGGUGGUCACCACUCAAGUUGUCAGAGGGUAGGAU